GCGCGCGCGCUUAGACAAACGUCAAAACAACAAAAACAUUUUGCUUUGCUUCAAAAUCUUCAUCGUUGUCGCUAAACAUCACAAAAAUUAAACACAAUCGCUCUUUUCAAUAAUGUCCGCUGCUAUCAAGUGGCGAUCACUACUUUGUGAUAGUAAUCAGCUACAACUGAAAGCAACCCUGUUAGGCGGACAAAGCUUUCGUUGGAAAGCCCGUAAUCCUAAUGAAUUGGACCAAAAGCAGAAUGAAUUUAUUGGCGUGUUUGCCAAUAUUGUAUGGAUUCUACGCCAAACGGAGCGAGAACUACAGUACCGUAUCGUAGGAGAACAAUCUUAUCCGAAUGGAGCAAAUAGGGAUGUAACGAAAGCCACCGUCCAUGAACAAACAAGCGCUACCGUGAAGAAUCUGGCUCAGGUACGCCUGAAGGUGAGCGAACCGGCAGAGUAUGCCAAUGGAGGAGAACUAUUGUAUCCGGUCUCGUAUUACGAGCAACUGCUGAGCAUCUACUUCCGCCUAGAUGUAGAUCUCGAGCAUUACUAUCAGCAGUGGAUCAAGUGCCACGAGCACUUCGCCAGCAGUGCCACCAAAUUCUACGCCGUUCGACAGCUCGAUCAGGACCCGGUGGAGAAUCUGUUCUGUUUUAUCUGCUCCCAGAACAAUCACAUUGCGCGCAUUUCCGAUAUGGUCGAAAAGCUGUGUCGCAACUAUGGGGAGAAAAUAUGUGACUACGAAGGCACGAGCUAUUACAACUUCCCCUCGGUAGCAUCACUAGCCGAAGCAACCGUGGAGGAAAAGCUACGCGAGCUUGGGUUUGGCUACCGGGCCAAGUACAUUCAAAGGUCGGCGGACAAAAUUCUUCAACUCGGUGAUCUCGACUGGUUCCGGCAGCUCUGCCAGCUAGAUUAUAAGGCAGCCCACAAGGAGCUUCUAUCGCUUCCCGGCAUUGGACCGAAGGUGGCCGACUGUAUCUGCCUGAUGUCUCUCGGACACCUGCAAGCCAUUCCGGUCGAUACGCACGUGUUUCAGCUAGCGAAACACUAUCUGCCGACACUGGCCAAAUCACAGAACGUUACCGAUCGGCAGUACGUGACGGUGGCGGACAAGUUUCGUGAGAUCUAUGGCCCGUACGCGGGAUGGGCGCAGACGGUACUGUUCUGUUCCGAUCUUCGCCAGUUCCGGCAACGGGGGACGGACGAUGGGGAGGGGCAGGAAAAUAGCAACAAACCACGAAAAAAACAAAAGAAGAAAGUUUAAAAAAUGGACGUGUUUUUAAAAUACUUUCUCUUUUAUUACUUAAUAUUAUGUAAAAGUCUCUGCCAUGUAUAAAGGUAACCUAACAUUAGGAACAAUCGUUUUCUAAAACACUGUUUCGUUUCGUUAUUGUUCUACGUUAAAAAAGAGCUAUUUUGCAUUAGCUGCGUAACAAGUUUUGUCCCUCACUGUAUAUUAUCUAUUAGCUAUUUGUUCGUUAUGUUAGAUGUAUGGAUCUCUGUGUAAUGCGUAAACGGAAAUACUAGAAUACUGUAAAAAUGG